CCGAUGUCCAGCGACGAUCUCCUGCCCAGUAGAGAAGUUCGGUCGCUCCACGGCCAUAAGGGUCCCGUACACGCAGUUCGGUAUAAUCAGGAUGGAAAUUAUAUAUUAACCGCGGGAAGCGACCGGACAAUUCGACUGUGGAAUCCAGAAACGGGUCUUUCGAUAAAGACAUAUGAGGGUCAUGGAAAGGACGUUUUCGCUGUUUGCGUACCUCCAACCGGCGCGGAUAAUUCCCGCUUCGCCUCCUGCUCUGCCGAUCGAUCUGUGUUCAUAUGGGAUGUCGGUACCGGGCGCCCAACCCGGCGGUUUACAGGACAUCACCAACGUGUCAAUGCGGUAGCGUUUAAUGCCGAAGCAACGGUGGUUGUAAGUGGAAGUUAUGACGCUUCGGUUAGAUGCUGGGAUUCUCGAUCAAAUUCGCGAACGCCAAUACAACUUCUGGAGGACGCCAAGGAUAGUGUAGAGGCCGUGCAAGUUCUUGAUACAGAGAUUCUCACUGGGUCUGUGGACGGCUGCGUGCGCAUAUAUGACAUUCGCAUGGGCGAGGUGAUUACGGACAAAGUCGGACAUGCGGUGACUUCCGCGACAUUUACCGGUGAUAAGAACUGCGUGCUCGUGAGUUCCUUGGACAGCACAUUACGAUUAUUUGAUAAAGAAAAUGGGGAACUUCUGAAUGAUUACAAAGGUCACAAGAAUGACGAGUAUCGCCUGAUUAGUUGCUUGAGCAACACUGAUGCACAUGUGAUAAGUGGAAGUGAGGAUGGCAACAUAUAUAUGUGGGACUUGGUAGAGGGCAAUCUUUUGCGAACAAUUAAGGCACACAACAGAGCAGUAACUUGUGUCGCCUACCAUCCCAAGAAGGCGGGGAUGACAUCGUCGAGCGUCGAUGGGACGGUGAAGGUUUGGGGAGGAGCGGAUACCUAGCAAUCCUUAAAAAAGGCGUAAAACUCCGUUCUUCAAGUAACGUACAAAAGAUCUUUUUUUUUGGGGGGGGGGGCUCUGCCUUCUAUGAUAUAUACAAAUUUACACGACCAGUUUCCCUAUUGAGUAUCUGGUGUCGGGUAUAUGAAG